AUGAAGUUCUCAGCUGUCACCUUCAUGGCUGCUCUGGCCGCGGCUUCGCCUGCCAACAUCGUCACCGCCCGCAACGAGCUUGCUCUCCGCCAGGCCGCCGAGGCUUGCAACAUCGGCUACUGCACCCAAGGCGGAGGUACCACUGGUGGUGCCGGCGGCUCCAGUGUUACUGUCAAGACUGUUGAUGAGCUCGUUGCUGCCGCUAAGAAAGAGGGUCCCCUUACCAUCGUCAUCUCCGGUGCCAUUUCCGGCAGCGCCAAGGUCCGCGUGUCUUCUGACAAGACCAUCAUCGGAGAGAAGGGCAGCUCCCUCACCAACGUUGGUCUGUACGUCCGCCAGGUCAAGAACGUGAUUAUCCGCAACCUGAAGAUCGGCGGUGUCAAGGCCAGCAAUGGUGAUGCAAUUGGUAUCGAUGAGUCCACCAACGUCUGGGUUGACCACUGCGACCUUUCUGGUGACUUGAGCGGAGGCAAGGAUGACCUAGAUGGUCUCCUCGACAUCUCCCACGGUGCUGACUGGAUCACGGUCUCCAACGUUUACUUCCACGACCACUGGAAGGGAUCUCUGGUCGGUCACUCUGACAGCAACGGCAGCGAGGACAAGGGCAAACUUCACGUCACCUACGCCAACAACCACUGGACCAACAUCAACUCCCGUACUCCCCUUGUCCGCUUCGGUACCGUCCACGUCGUCAACUCUUACUACGACAAGCUCCUGCUCACCGGCAUCAACUCCCGCAUGGGCGCUCAGGUCCUCGUCCAGAGCACCGCCUUCAACAGCUGCCCUGCCGAGGCCAUCUUCUUCGCCGACUCUAAGGAGACCGGCUACGCCGUCGCUGAAGACGUCGACCUCGGUGGCUCCAAGAACUCUGUUCCCAAGGGAACUCUCACCUCUGCCUCGCUGCCUUACAAGAUUGCCGCUCUCGGCUCCGGCAAGGUUGCCGGUUCCGUUCCCGGCGCUGCUGGCCAAAAGUUGUAAUUGGAUCGUCAGCCGGUUUGGAUGUCGUAAUUAUGGUGGGAUGAACUGAAAUUUCUUUGUACAUACUUGACUCAGUAUAUGUGAGUGACGCCGCUGGUCUGUCGAUAUACGCCCCUAAUUUGCACAUAUGGGGUCAAACUGUUUGCCAGAGCUGGAUUAUUUGGAGGCAUUGUAUAUAAGUCUGCCGUUUACUUUGUAAACUGAACAGGAUUCUUCUCCCAACUUAAUCCCUAUUGCAGUCUGUAUAGGCGGU